AUGUUUUCCAAAAAGCCUCAUGGGGACGUGAGAAAAUCAACACAGAAAGUGUUGGAUCCAAAGAAGGACGUCUUAACGAGGCUCAAACAUCUCAGAAUAGUCAUAGAAAAUGCAGAGCCACAGGAGCUGAAGCAGUUCUUUGACCACAAUUACUCCCAUAUAUACUAUGUUUUCUUUGAGAACUUUGUCACCAUUGAGCUUAGCCUCAAGCAAAAGGGUCAUAAGUCUCAGAGAGAGGAACUGGACUCAAUCCUCUUCAUUUUCGAGAAAAUUCUCCAGCUCCUCCCAGAGAGGAUUCAGGGUCGAUGGCAGUUUCACAGCAUCGGACUGAUCCUGAAGAAGUUGUUGCACAUCGGUAACUCUUUAAAGAUCCGCCGGGAAGGUUUGCGCUUGUUCCUGCUGUGGAUGCAGGCAUUACAGAAUAAUGCUCAACGUGAGCAACUCUGUAUGUUUGCCUGUUUAAUUCCUGGCUUCCCGGCUCCACUCUGCCAUGGGACUCCACGCACUUUGGACACGCUAAUUAACCCACCACUGAGUUUAACUGAGACUCAAGUAACCCCAGAAGAGAUCACCCCAUUGGUACAUCCCCAGUCAGGUGACAAGAACCAGGAGGACCUUACUGCUUACUUCUUGGAAGCGCUAUUGAAAUACAUGGUAAACCAGGCCAAGUCUCUUGAGUGGCGUAAUAAAGAAAAUCAUGAACGUGGGUUCAGCUUCCUUUUUGGUCACUUUAGGAAGUUUUACCUUCACCACAUCUUUCCCAAUUUUGCUUUGGAAACUAGCCUCUACAACCCCAUACUAGAGGUUCCUCCAAUGCGUCCCAAGCCCUAUUACAGUGUGGUACGCAGAGAGCAGGAUGGUGGGGAAAUUAUCUAUUGUACCAAGGAAAGUUUCCUUCAGGCCCGGGUCAUCUUCAUCCGCUGGCUGGUUUCCUUUUGGCUGGAGCCACGACCCAACACACACACGCAGAUUCCAGGGACAGAAGGCGAAAACAUCCCUAAGAACAUACAGCGAGCAGCUGCUGGGCUUGCUGCUCGAUCUGCUGGCAGUUCAGAUGAAGGCAGCGUCACUGGUUUGCGGUCUGACAACCAUCUUGAAGGCAGCGGGAAUUUCUCUGGGCCAGGGGGAGGAACCGUUGGUUUAGUUGGGGGUACCGGCCCCAUGGGGGAAUCGGAGCAAUGCCACUCCAACACAUCUACGUUAACAGAGCGGGAACCCAGCUCUUCCUCACUGUGCUCUAUGGAUGAAGAACAGCUGACAGACAUGGAGGUGGUGAGAAGAGUCCUGACCAGCUCGAGAACCAGCAUCAACUUCAUCACUGAGAUCUUCAGACAGGCAUUUCUCCUUCCAAUGUGUGAAGCUGCAGCAAUGCGGAAAGUGGUCCGUGUGUACCAGGAGUGGAUCUCCAUGGAGGACAAGCCAGUAUUCAUGAAGGAGCCCGAGGAAGGCCUCUAUCCAAUAGCAACAGCAACUAGUAUGGACACUGGCUCAGAUAAGGAUGAUGAGGGAAUAAAUAAAAUGAUUGAUAGUGAAUUGUUGGAGUAUAGCGUUCAUGCAGGAGUUCAGACUACGCUACAGGUAUUUAUUACCCAUUCCUCCAAUGUUUUUUUAAUGGAGCCAGCCAACGAUAUCAAGUUCCUUUUAGAGGAGCAUGUUGACAUGUGCAAGCGAGUAUUAAACAUCUACCGCAGCCUUGUCAUGCAUGAAACCAUGGACCAGAAAACAUGGGAGCAGAUUUUACUUGUUUUAUUGAGAGUGACAGAGUCAGUAAUGAAGAGACCUCCAUCCAUCAUGCCUCAAGGAAAAAAGAGCAACACAUUGUCGGGAAGGCUGGCUGGUCCCAUCUUUCAGACAUUGAUUGUAGCCUGGAUUAAGGGAAAUUUAAACGUCUACAUAAGCAGAGAACUAUGGGAUGACCUCCUCUCAGUUCUCUCUUCUCUUACCUGCUGGGAGGAACUGGUGACUGAAUGGUCUCUCACGAUGGAGACUCUCACUAAGGUGUUGGCCAGGAACCUGUACACUGUUGACUUGAAUGAACUACCCCUUGACAAACUCAGUGAGCAAAAACAGAAGAAACACAAAGGAAAAGGUAUAGGUUCAGAAGGCCAACGGCAGAUAGUGGAUCGUUCCUUCUCUAAAGGUUGGAGUAGAGACCAACCAGGUCAGGCAGCUGCCAUGAGACAACGCAGUGCCACUACGGCUGGUUCACCAGGUAUCGAAAAGGCCAGAAGCAUUGUCCGCCAAAAAACUGUAGCCCUGCGUAGCUGUUCUACAGGGGACUCUCUGCUAUCCUCAGCCUUUAUCCGCAGUGCCAAGAGUGCUCCUGCUCUGGCUCCGCCUCUUCCUGUCCUCCUUCACCACCACCACCCUUUACUACCCCCCCUUGCCGACCAACUGGCAGACCUCGAGGACCCGCCAAUCACGCUGACUUCUCGCUCAUCUCGGAUGCGCCACUCCUCCCAGAGCGAGGAGGCCCCUCCAACCUCUUGUUCGGAGGUAUUCCAGGGUGGAGCUUGUGAACCAGAUAACUCGGCCCCUUCAUCGCUCGCAAGGAGCAGCAGUGCCUCUGACAUCAUGGAGCCCUUUAUCGCCGAGCGGGUCAAAGGUGAAGACCCACAGGGGGAUCCUAGUACAAUUGUAAAACCCUGUCACCCCACUGCUACUACCUUACUUGCAACCAAUAGCCAUGCAGCUCAGCAACUCCCAUGUCCUUUCCACUCCUCCUCUCCUACCCCUCUUUCACUCCGCAAUGGUGUUAUUUCAUCAACUUCCGGGGGACUAGAGGAUGUGAGUGAGUAUGACGGCAUUGGCUGUCAAAGCCGAGAUUCAAGUUCUGAUUGGGUAAGCGGUUGGGAUUCUGCCUUUACUUUUUCUGCUGAUAAGGAGAUUGAUGUAGCGGAGAAUGAAGUAGGCUCUGUAACAAAUGAGGAUGAUUUAUUUACCUCAAUUAGGGACUAUCUCACCCACAAAGCAGCAGAGAGAAAUGAGGCAGCAAGUUUAGCAACAGGUCUUCCUUUAGAAAAUGACAUUCAAGCUUCUGUACCAUUGAAAACUGAUACGACUACUGGGGAAACGGAAUUCAUACGAGAGGCACAAAAGGUGGUUGACAGACAGAUAUCUAAGGAAGAUAGACAGGUAAGUAUUUCAGUUAGACACGGUAGUGAUGAGUCAACAGAGGAGAUUGAGGCAGAACAGCGCAGUAUCUACGAGUGUCUUGAAAUGCAGUGUCAGUGGCCCUCGUUUGGUGCGAAAGGGAACUUUGAAGGACGCAAUGACGAGGUGGAAAAAGGGGAAGCAGUUGAAGGAAAUGCCACAGAAGGAGCAAAUUGGGAUGGAAAAUAUGAUUAUUGGAGGGAAAAGGGAGGAGAUAAAAAGGAUGAUAAAGACAUUGCCACGAACAAAAAGCCCUGUUUAAAUAAACAAGACCCAAACACAGUAGAGCCUACCAGUGAAGCAAUUCGUACUCCCCAACAUUCAGAUUCAACCAAACCCAAGAUGACCCGUAACCUCAAAAAGCAUCACUCCGGGAGCGUCCACGUUAGCUUCAGACCUUCCACUGAAUCAGUCCAGUUCCACAACCCCCUUGAGAAUAAAGAAGCCCACUGGAAAGCUAGACUGCGUCGGCUCAGUCACUUUCACACACACAGCCACUCUGCUGGUGAUAGGCCCGGAGCAGGGACAGGAACAGGGGGGAAGCAGGGAACAGGAAAUGCAGGUAAGUUUGCCUCUGUGGCUACUAUUGGUCACAAAGUAGGUGGCCAUGAGAGACUGGCAGUGGAUGUCACUGUAGCUCAGGGUACUGGCCUUGAUAAAAGGAUUGGCACUGGAGCAGGGGACAAGGACAAACAGUAUCCUGGACCGUAUGUUGGAUCCAAUUCGGUGCAUGAGACACAUUUUGAGGUCAUACCAAGCACUUCCGCUGUCUCAUCGGGUGUGCGAGGCCGACUGGGACGGUCUGCCUUGCGUUCUCGGGCUUCCCGGUCUCGCUCCCAGGAGCCCGGCAGCUCUGUCUCCCGACACCACCAAGGGGCGCUUCUCGGUGGGGUGUAUAAGACUGUGGUUCACGCAUUGUCCUCCAAGCCCCGUCCCCGCGGUCAGGGGUCAUCCCAAGGUUCGUCGCCACAGCGGCAAGGGCGGGCUGCAAUGGGCGAUGCUUCAUUAAGAGACCUCUACUCCCAUGUCCUCGGCUACUUUGGACGAAAGUCUACCACGGCAGCCAACAAAGAGGAGGUGCUACAGAAGGCACGCCCAGUUUCAACUGAUAUUGGAAACAGCAAUCCUAAUUUCUCUGAUCUCAUGGAUGAGUUCAUCCAGGAAAGACUAAGAGCUAAAGGAACAGUGGAGCGCCGUGGCAGCAGUCCAGGUAGUCUAGAAGUUCCUCAGGACCUGCCUGAGCUAUUAGAAGCUGGCCAGAGUCCUGGAUCUCGACCGCCUGAUGACCUCAGACCAAUUGAUGAUCCAGGGGUUCCAUCAGAGUGGACAUCUCCUGCCAGUGCUAGUGGCUCAGAUGUUGUCAGUUCUGACAGCCAAUCUGACUCAUUUAAUGCAUUUCAAUACCCCACAUGCAAGUUUGAUAAUUUUGCAUUUAAUUCGGAAAUCUGUGGCGGUGAAGAUCGAGGAAGCUCGUUGGACCAGGACAGUCUGGGAGGGGGUGUUGCUUGUGAUGAACAUGAAGUAGCAAGUUUGACGACGCUUCAUAUUGACUCUGAGACCAGUAGCCUUAGCCACACAGUCACUGUCACUGGUUCAGAGAGUGCGUCUCCCAUGCAUUCUCUCGGGGGCUCUCGUUCCCAGACACCUUCCCCGGCUACAUUAACAGCAGACCAUAUCACGCGUGCACACUGUCACUCACACACACACUUGCAGCUAGAUGAAAAACUUCACAACUCUGUGCUGCAGACUCCUGAUGACCUAGAAACCACUGAAUUUCCCGGGGAAGAUUGUAGCGUCAUGGCAGGUGGUUCCCUCACUGGAUGGCAUGCAGAUGUUGCUACAGUCAUGUGGCGGAGAAUGCUGGGUAUAUUAGGGGAUGUGAAUUGCAUUAAAGACCCAGAGAUCCACGCUCAGGUGUUUGACUACCUGUGUGAGCUUUGGCAAAACCUUGCAAAGAUCAGAGAUAAUUUGGGUAUUUCUCAUGACAACCAGUCAUCACCACCACCACCUGUUCUGAUCCCACCUCUUAGAAUCCUUACUCCCUGGCUCUUUAAGGCCACCAUGUUGACUGAACGUUACAAACAGGGAAAGCUUCAUGCCUAUAAGUUGAUCUGCAGGAUAAUGAAGAGACGACAAGAUGUGUCGCCAAACACAGACUUUCUUACUCACUUUUACAACAUUAUGCAUCAAGGAUUGCUGCACCAAGACCAGGACAUUGUGAAUACAAUUAUCAAGCACUGCAGUCCCAGGUUCUUCAGUAUUGGUCUACCUGGAGCCACCAUGUUGAUACUCGACUUUAUCAUCGCAGCUUCUCGAGUCACCUCUUGCUCAUCAUUAAAUGCUCCAAGAGUCGAAGCCCAGAUCCUUCUUGGAUCUCUUGUCUGUUUUCCAAAUUUCUUUGGGGAGCUUCCUGCCCUUUGCCCCACCACAGCUGAUGUUGCACUUACAAAGUUCCCUGACGUCAAGGAGCACAUUAUCAAAACUAUACUUACCUCUGCCAGGGAUGAACCCUCUGCUCCUGCCAGGUGUGUAGCUUUGUGCAGUCUGGGCAUCUGGCUGUCUGAGGAGCUGGCUCAUGGGACUCAACAUCCACAAAUUAACGACGCUCUUAAUGUCAUCUGUGUUACUCUAAAGUACACCAAUAAGAAUGUGGCACUGGUGGCAUCAGACAUCCUUCACCUUUUGAUCAGUUACGUGGAUCAUCUUCAAAAAUUUCCGAUUGACACUCCAAAAAAGAUAGUUGAGAUUUUGAUCGCCACCAUUACACACUUGCUACCUACUACUGAGUCCUCUCCUCAUGAGCUGGAUAAGAGGCUGGUCGUGUCCCUUCUGUUGUGUCUGUUGGACUGGGUGAUGGCUCUCCCUCCAAAGACUCUACUUGAACCUGUUCGAACGCGAAGCCCCCCAGAUAAGGACCAGCCUCUGAAGACCCUGCUCAGCUGCAUUUAUAAGGUUUUGCAUGGCUGUGUGUAUGGAGCCCAGUCUUUCAGCAGCCCAAAGUAUUACCCACUGCAGCUCUCAGAUUUGUCAAGCUCAGACUAUGAUCCCUUUUUGCCAUUGGAAAGCCUUAGGGAGCCUGAACCGCUGCAUAGUCCGGAAUCUGAACGCUCCAGCAAACUGCAACCUGUCACUGAAGUCCGUAGUCGUAUCCAACAGGGUCUGGUUUCCAUUGCAGCCAGGACUGUUAUCACCCACCUUGUCAACCAUCUAGGGCAUUACCCAAUGUCUGGGGGGCCUGCUACACUCUCCAGCCAGGUGUGUGAAAACCAGGACAACCCUUACUGUGAAAGUGCAGAUCUUGGCCCUGAGCUCUUCCACUCACCAAAUCUACAGUUCCUGUCAUUGAAUGGCUCUACGCUGCUUUCAGUGCUUCAGAUUCGGUCAGAGUCUGGUGUACCGGGAGGUGGAAUGACAGCUGGUCUGUCCUCUGCUCCUGCUUGUGUUCGUGUUAUUAUUCGGGAUGUAGCCGGAAAACACUCCUGGGACUCUGCUGUACUCUACGGGCCUCCACCAUGCUCCCCAAGCAGCCCAGCGCACACCAAAUUGACACACAACCAAUCCCCUCAUGGUGUGAAUCUCAUUCUUCACACCCCAACCCAAAAGAUCAAAGAGGAGCGGAGAGAAGGCAGUCAGGAAGACCGGCUUAAAGAGUCAGAGAAUGGAGGAAGUGCGAUAGACGCACUAAGUCCUGAGCUGGAGGGAGAUAUGGAUGAGGACAACGAAGGGAGUAAUGUUGCAGAUAAAGAAACUGUGCGACUGCAAGGAGGUCAGGGGGAAGGGGAGGAAAAGAAACAGGUGGAGGGGAGCAAGGAACAAACUGUGAACAUGGUCGAGGCUGGCUUUGAGCAACUUCUAGCACCACCAUUGGCAAAACGGGUAUGUCGGGAAGUGGUUCCGUCAUGGAAUACUCUGACGGAUGGAGAUGAUGCUCUGGAUGAAAUGCUGCAGUACCUCGGAUACUCAAGCCCUGAGUGUCUACAGAGAGCGGGAUUGCCACUAAAUAUCCCGGUUCCGCCUCCAGCUUGUGUUUCAGAGAAGCAGGAGAAUGAUGUCAUCAAUGCUAUCUUGAAGCAAAGUGCAGCGGAGCGAGAGUUUGUCCUUCAUAGAGGUGAGGAGUUGAAUAUGAGAGCAGUGGAACAGAGCGAGCCAGAUACUCAAACACCUCAGUCAGCUUUUUACUACUGCAGGUUACUAAUCAACAUCCUGGGACUGAACUCAUGGGAAAAGAGGAGUAACUUUCAUUUAUUGAGGAAGAACGAGAAACUUUUGAGAGAGCUGAAAAACCUCGACUCACGGCAGUGUCGGGAGACACAUAAAAUAGCAGUUUUUUAUGUAGCUGAAGGACAAGAGGACAAACACUCUAUACUCACCAACACCACAGGAAGCCAGGCAUAUGAAGAUUUUGUUUCUGGAUUGGGUUGGGAGGUGGAUCUCACCACCCAUUGUGGUUUUAUGGGAGGACUUCAGAAGAACAGGAGUACAGGCCAGACCACACCUUAUUAUGCCACAUCAACGACAGAGGUCAUCUUCCAUGUCUCGACCCGAAUGCCACACGACCAGGACCACAAUCUCACUAAAAAGCUGAGACACCUGGGUAAUGAUGAGGUCCAUAUUGUUUGGUCAGAACAUUCCAGAGACUAUCGGCGAGGAAUCAUCCCUACGGAGUUUGGUGACGUGCUCAUUGUCAUCUACCCAAUGAAAAACCACAUGUACUCGGUCCAUAUCCUCAAAAAGCCAGAGGUACCCUUUUUUGGUCCACUGUUUGACGGCGCCAUUGUGGACAUGAAGAUUUUGCCAACAGUGGUCAGAGCCACAGCUGUGAAUGCCAGCCGAGCGCUGAAGUCACUCAUUCCUCUCUACCAGAAUUUCUAUGAGGAGCGUGCACGAUACUUGGAAACUAUUGUGCAGCACCAUCAGGAACCAACCACCUUUGAGGAUUAUGCUGCCCGCGUCUACAGUCCAGCUCCCUGCACUCAUCUGCCGACUGACACAGGCUCCUGCCUCGAGAUUCUUCGGUCAGAAAGUCCGGCACUUGGGGAGGCCGGGAGCGACUCGGCCUCCCCCAUGUCUCCUCGAACUAGCAAGACGCGCAUGUCCAUGAAGCUUCGGCGUUCCUCCGGAUCGGCCAACAAGACUUGA